AUGUACAACAAUUGUAAAGAUGCAUUUGCUAUUUGCAGGUAUGCCGGAUACCCUAGCUAUUUCAUUACUAUCACAUGUAACCCAGAUUGGACCGAGAUUAAAGAUUGCGUUGCGGCCUAUUCAUUAAAGCCAAGUGACAGGCCAGAUAUCAUAUCAAGGAUUUUCAAGAUCAAGUUAGAUGUCUUGCUGAAAGACUUAAAGGAUGGGUCCAUAUUCGGAAAGCCUAAAGGAAUUGUGUACACAGUUGAAUUCCAAAAGCGUGGUCUUCCCCAUUGUCAUAUUUUAUUGUUUGUUCAACCAGCCGAGAAGCCUCGAUCAUCUGAGGAUAUUGACCAUCAUAUAUCGGCUGAGAUACCCGACGAACACACACAACCUAAGCUGUACAGCUUAGUCCAAAAAUUCAUGAUUCACGGACCAUGUGGGGUUUUGAACAUGAGUAGCCCGUGUAUGGUUAAUGGGAGGUGUUCCAAGUUUUAUCCAGUGCCUUUCCGUGAGAAAACAUCCAUAGACAGUGCAGGUUUUCCCAAGUAUAAACGGUCGGAUAAUAGUCGUUCAAUAACCAAGAGGAAUGUUAAUCUCGACAAUAGGUUUAUUGUCCCAUACAAUGCAACAUUGCUCCUUAAGUAUGGCUGCCACAUAAAUGUUGAGUAUACUUGCCAGACGUCUACUAUUAAGUAUUUGUUCAAGUAUGUCCACAAAGGUAAUGAUCGUGUCACAGCUUCGUUUUUCGGAUCACAUGAUUCACGGCUAUUCGGGUUUGAGAUUCAGUACAAAGAGCCUAACGUCAUCCGCCUUCCAUUCCAUCUUCCAAAUGAACAGAAUGUUUUGUACGAAGAUCACCAGCUUAUUGAGAAUGUUAUCGACGCUGCGGUCUCAAAGGAUAGUAUGUUUAUUGGUUGGUUUAAGGCUAACAAGAAUUUUGAUCUGGCCCCUACACUGACUUACGCAGAGAUGCCGUCAUUUUUUGUUUGGGACAAGCAGGGGUAUAUGUGGAGGCCACGAAAGCAAGGGAAUGUCAUAGGUCGUCUCACGCAUAUUCCUCACUCGCAUGGAAAGGAGUACUACCUUCGUAUGUUAUUGAAUUAUCAAAAAGGGUGCCAGACAUUUGCUGAUGUGCGUUCCGUUGGUGGGAUUGUGUACGAUACAUUCAAAGAGGCCUGUUAUGCCCUAGGGUUAUUGCAGGAUGAUAGGGAAUUUAUUGAUUCACUUAAUGAAGCCAGUGCGUGGGCAUUGCCGAAUUAUAUCAGGAGGUUGUUUGCAAUGCUUUUGAUGUCGAACAACAUUGUGCGUCCUGACAUGGUGUGGGAGAAAUGUUGGCAACAUUGCGUGGACAACUCGCUUCUUUCUGGAAGACAUAACUUAGGUAAACUUUUCGGAUUGCUUUUACUAUCUGGUUACUGUUUCGCAAUAAAUUCAGACCACUCCAUUCAAAAACGUCCAGUCGUCUCCACCUCUUGCAGUUUCCAGCGUUCUGUUCAUGAGAUUAAGUCCAUCACGCUUGCCGAAAUUGAAAAACUCUUGCAGCCGAAUGGUCGGAGCCUGAAAGAAUUUCCUGACAUGUCGUUUCCUGAUUAUGCUGGUUUACCUGAACCUUCCGACACAAUCUUUUCUAAUGAGCUGAAUUUCGACAUGACAGAAUUGGCAAGUAUCGCCGUGGAUUUGAUUUCCCGGUUGAAUCGAGACCAGCGCGUUGCGUUUGACACAAUAGCAAAUGCAGUUCAUUGUGACGCUGGUGGUUUUUUCUUUGUCUGUGGUUAUGGUGGAACUGGUAAGACCUUUCUAUGGAAUGCACUGUCUGCUUCGAUAAGGUCUAAGGGUGAUAUUGUCCUCAAUGUUGUAUCCAGUGGCAUUGCAGCUUUGUUGUUGCCUAAUGGGCAAACUGCUCAUUCACGCUUUAAGGUUCCGCUCAGUGUUAACCAGGACUCUAUUUGUAAUAUAAGGCAAGGCACACCCCUCGCACGUCUUAUUUCAUCUGCAAAAUUAGUUAUAUGGGAUGAGGCACCUAUGUUAAAUAAAUUUUGCUUCGAAGCGUUGGACAAAUGCCUUAAGGAUGUUCUUCGAUUUGAUCGUGGAUAUAAUCCUCAUGCCCCAUUUGGUGGGAAAAUUGUUGUUCUAGGAGGUGAUUUCCGUUAG